AGACAUUCGAAGACCCUGCCGCCAGGGGGCGACAUAAACUUGGCUUUCUUUCAGCCAAAGAAGAAGAAAGAAAAGGGGGCGGUCCGACUGGAUUUAAACAGCAACGCCGCCGCCUAACGAUUACCGGACAAGAACAGGCACUUUGAUCGUUUUUUCCAGGAUGGGAUCUCCAGCGAAACGAGCAACACCGCGCAGAUCCAGCACUCGCGGCUCCGGUCAGGAGGAAGAAUCUCCUCUGCCGCCGGUCCACGAGCGGCUGGCGUACCUCCGUCCUUCCAGAGAACUCCUGGAGUUCUACCGGCAGAAGAUCGCUCAGUACGACGGUGAAAACGAGGACCUGCUGCGGAUGCUGGAGAAGCAGAGGAGCAUCAUCGACGACCAGCAUAAACUCCAGUGGGAGUUACGUCAGCGUGAAGGAGAGAUCGCGGAGCUGCAGAACGCUCUGAGUGACAUGCAGGUCUACCUCUUCCAAGAGAGGGAGCAGUCGCUGCGGCUGUACGCAGAGAACGAUCGGCUGAAGAUCAGAGAGCUGGAGGACAGGAAGAAAAUCCAGCACCUCCUCGGGCUCGUGGGUCCUGAUGCAGGAGAGGUCACAUACUUUCACCGAGAACCUCCUCAUAAGGUCACCGUCACGCAGAAACGGUCCGAUUCUGCAGCUGAAGACGAGCUAAACCUCAGACCAACAAAGAUCAGACCAGCAGCCUCCAGAAAAGAAAGCAACAAGAGGAGUAAAGCAGCAGAUGGAGACAGCGUGGACUCUUUGGAGAAGUACAAGAACGACAACCAGACUUUGCUGCUGCAGGUGGAGGCGCUCCAGGCUCAGCUUGAGGAGCAGACUCGUCUUGCCAAAGAGCAGAUGGAGGCUCUGCUGGAGGACCGGAAAAUCAAAACGGAGGAGGCUCAGGCGCAGCAGCGGAGGGACCAGGAGCGCAUCGCCGCUCUUAGCGACAAGCUCCAGCGGACUCAGAACCUGCUUCAUGAAAGCACGAGGGACUUCCUGCAGCUCAAGUUUGAGAGCCGGGCGCACGAGAAGAGCUGGAUGGCCGAAAAGGACGGACUUCUGCGGGAGCUGGACUCCUGCCACCUGCGCCUGAGGAAGGCCGGGCCUGCCGGGCCUGAGCCGGGGAGGGCGUGGCAGCCCGGCAGCAGCACGGCCCGGCUCCGCCCCCAACCACAGCGAGGGGCGGAGCAACCGCACAGGGAGGAGCUGAAGGAGGAACUGAAACAAGCUCAGCGCCUGGCAGAGAUGUACCGAGAGCAGUGCAUCGGCAUGGAAACCGAACUGUCCCAGAUCAGGGAGAAAGGGGAUGUGGGCAGAGAGAUAUUCCAGGAACGCUCUGAGAAAAUGGCCAAGCGUCUGCAGGUGAUGACUCAGCGCUACGAGGCUUCGGAAAAGAGGCGGGUCAUGGAGGUGGAGGGCUUCAAGACGGAUCUGAAGCAGCUCCGACAGAAGCUCAAAGAUGUGGAGAAGCAGCUGAUAAAGGUCACUUUGAACAUCGGGCCCGACCAGGACCUGGCCAUCCUGCACGAGGUCCGUCAGAGCAACUCCAGAACCAAGAAGCUUCAGGAGGAACUGAUGAGGCUGAAGGCCAAAAUCUACGGACUGGAGAACGAGUUGCGGUUCAGCUGAACACUUUAUCAAGCCGUAUUUGUUUGUUUAUAUAUUUAAAUUGAAUCCUGAUAUUUUUAAAUCUAAAAAAACAAUAAAAGCUUUCUUUAAAAUUGA